CUUAGAAACAACAACCAGCAUAUGGGGAGUAUAUUCAGUUGAUGAUUUGGUGGCUGACACCCAAAAAUCCACUCAUUAUCUUCUAUCUACUCAACCCUAUUUGUACUUUGAUCCCAUUAAACAAACCCCAAAAAAGGCAAACGAGAAAGAGAGACACCCUUAAAGUCUUCUUAACUUUCUUUUUCCUCCUACUUUCUUUCUUUUUGAAUCAUUACUCCCUUUACUUAUAGCUUCCUUGUAUCCAAAUUUCCUUUCUUUUUUUCUUUUUUCUUUUUCUUUUUCUCAUUUCACUUGAGUUGUUCUUUGUAUGCGAAGAUUGAAAUUGUGGGGUUUGAUCGAGCUAAGAAAAACAAGGUAUAGCUAGCAAUUCAAAUCAAACAACAAUGGAUCAGAUAACGCCUCCGGGGCAUGGCAAUUCUCUCCCACCUCCAUUUCAUACCAGACCUUUCAGCCUUCAACAUCAUCACCAGCACCAAUUUCACCACCACCAACAGAAUUCGGAAGACGAGCAGAGCGGCACGAGUGGACUAAACAUGGGACAGAAGCGGGAUCGAGACGAGAGUGACAACGACAACAUCAACGGCAGUGAAGGCAAGGACAGCAUGAACGGAUCCGGAGGAGACGGAGAUAACAACAGAAGGCCGCGAGGGAGACCUGCCGGAUCCAAGAACAAGCCCAAGCCGCCCAUCAUCAUCACUCGUGACAGCGCCAACGCGCUCCGCACCCACGUGAUGGAGGUUGCAGACGGGUGUGACAUCGUGGAGAGUGUCGCGACCUUCGCCCGGAGAAGACAGAGAGGGGUGUGCAUUUUGAGUGGGACUGGUACUGUGACCAAUGUCACACUCAGGCAACCGGCCUCACCCGGUGCAAUUGUGACAUUACAUGGGCGGUUCGAGGUCUUAUCUCUAGCCGGCUCAUUUCUGCCGCCUCCAGCUCCGCCUGCAGCCACAGGGUUGACCAUAUAUCUGGCGGGCGGACAAGGCCAAGUGGUGGGCGGGAGCGUUGUCGGGGCACUCCUAGCAUCCGGGCCCGUGGUGAUCAUGGCGGCCUCGUUUAGCAAUGCAGCGUAUGAGCGGCUUCCGCUGGAAGAGGAAGAGAAUUCACUCCCGAUGCCCGGAGGUCAACUUGGAUCUCCGGGAACUGUGGGACAGCAACAGCAGCAACAACAACAGCAACAACUCUUAGGAGAGCCAUCGCUUUUUCACGGCGUGCCUCCAAAUCUCCUCAACUCCAUUCAAAUGCCAGCGGAGGCCUAUUGGGCGACCGGUCGUCCUCCAUUCUAACAAGUCUCUCCUUGAAGGGUUAUACUUCUUGAUUCACUCUCUUUCAUUUACCAAGAAAUUUUAGCAACAUUUUUAGGUAUGUAGAAGAAUUUGGGUUGUUGAGCCAGAAUUUCAUUCCUCUUUCUUUUCUUUUUUUCUUCUUCAGUUUUACUUUUUGUUUAAUUAAGUUUGAUCAUUAGAUGAUAUGCCUGCCUUUUUAAUUGAAGAAGUUUGUAAAUUCUUAGUUUUCACA